AUGACGGCACCUUGGGCAUGGAGGCUCGAUCCAAGCUCCGGGUCUUCGUCCCCACUCGGACCGUCAACUUCGGCUACUCUGGCUGCGACUGGCCCGCUAUCUUCACUUGCCCACAAGACUGAUGCUGCAUCCAAGGACGGCGUCUUCUGGCAAGACUUCCGAGCGCCGAUCAAGCGAACAUCACUAAGAGACAGGAAGCGGGCAAAGCUUCAUCGCUUUGACUCUGACGAUGUGGACCCAACGCAGGACGAAGACACGACAAUCCAGACAAACGAGGCAGGUGCGGGCUCAGAAGAGGAAGAUGCGAAUGGGGUUGACGACACUUCCAGCGAAGGAUCCCUGGAGGAGGAAGCGGAAGAGGACGAUCGAGAUGGCGCACAGGGUCACAAGAAGAACGCCGUUGUCAUUCAGGGCAGCCCAGGCAGCGCCCCACCCACAUUGCCUCGAGCUGGCAUCCGAGGCGGAAAGCCAAAGCGAGCGCAAGCCGAAUCGACAGCCUCCUCAACUCAGCUCAUCGCAAUAGCAAUCCACACUCACAGUCUAGCGAACGAAUUUGACUCGACGCAUAGCAUAGACUCGCUCCCGCCGCCUCUCACCUACAAAGAGACAGUCCGCCUUGUCCGUCUAAUCGCGAUGAUCUUUCGUUUCCCAAAACCUCGCCGCAUCUCGCGUCGUCGACAUCGCAAACAAACAAGCUCUGAAGACAUCAAUGCCGCCUCAUCCUCGUCGGCUCCUACGUCAUCUCCUGUCCCUGAGGCAACGAUCGGAGAGGCAACAAACAGGAUCGAACUCAAGCCUAAAUAUCUCUCGUCUCCAGCUUCGUCCGCAUCCUCUUCACGCAGACCGCGCAUGUUUGCCAAAGUACACCCCGAAGACGCGCGGCCGAACUCAGCAGCGGUGCUGAAACUGAUCGCGCUCAUUCCUGCCGCCUUGCCUGCGAGAGUAGGCUGCGCCAAGUGGAUAGCUAGAGUUGCUGUCAAAGCGAGGCGAGAUGAGCAUGGGAACAUUUUGUUGCCCGAUAGCGCAUACGAGGGUGCUUCGAGCCGGCAGCAGUGGGCGGAGAAGGAGGGAGCGGAGAAGAACACAAACCUUGAAGCAGCGGAUGGUGAGGAAAGAGCUAAAGUGACGAGAUCAAUGAGGCAGAGGAUGGGACAAGAUGCUCCCUCAAUACCUUUGCCUGGGUUCUGGCAUAAGCAGAGGACUCACAUCAAACUGGAAGGCGAGGAAGAGCGCAAAGGAGAAGAGGGAGCCAUGCCGCUGAGCGAUCGAGCAGAGAUCAAGACUGAACCAGCGGAGGGGAACGAAGUGGACGCACUCACUUGCACUACUCAUCCUCCAGAGCUGGCCUCUGACUUUACAUUUCAGCAAUCUAGCUCUCCACAGAUGGAAGCGGACGUCACGGUCGAUCCAGACGAGACAGCCACACAGCAAACCAUCAGAUCAGGUAGCCCUAGAGUCAGUUCGAAGGUAGUGAACUUGUCCAAGUUGCUCGCUGAACGAAUGAGGGAGAAACGACAGGCAAAGUCGCUGCUUCUUCGCACACAUCAUUCUCUGCGCAAGCGGAAAAGGGAUGAUGUUGACACGACAGGCUCUGUUGUAGCAGAUGAGAAUGGAGGCGUGGAAGAGGAAGACGAGAUUGACCUCUUUGAGGAUGCCGAGACUGCCGCUAAUACCCUCGCAAAUAGCGGUCGCCAAAAUGAUGCUGCAGAGACACUUCAAUCUCUUGAAGCUACUGCUGAUGCAAACCUUAGGUGUGGGGAGGUCAAGCAAGAAGACCUUAGCUAA